AUGAAUCAUAAAUCACUUUAUUACACAAGGCUUUAUUUAGAAGCUUAUGGUGCAAUUGCAGGAUUAUUUACUCAGAUUCUUGGAUCCACAACUGAGUGCAGUUUAAACUUUAAAAAUACCAGAAUUCCUCCAAAAGUUGAAAAUCAACCAAUUCCAGUAUCAAAGCCAUCAUCCAUUAUCACAUGCUUUUGGAAUGACUAUUCCAAAAAAUCACUAAUCAAUGCUCUAAAUGUUAAUAAUCGCCUUACAGCAAUUGGAUUAUUUUCAAGGAACACAGGAAAAUAUCCGAUCAUUAAAACUGUCGUAUCAACUGUUGUUUCAACAUUUGCUAGUUCAGCUUUGACAUAUCCUCUUGUCUAUGCACAACAGAAAUCAGGUUUUACAAAUAUUAAAGAGGCAAAUGACGCAAUAGCUCAAAAUAUAAAAGGAAAACACUAUUUAAGUCUCUAUCGCGGCUUUCUUCCUCACUCAAUUUACAAUCUUAAUUCGAAUUUGUUUUCAAAUCUUCUAACAAGGAAAUAUCUUCUUCGUAACAGGGAACCUUCAAUUGCAAACUCAUUCUUAUUCGGUUUUGCUACGAACAUUGUCUCUACAGUUGUUCUUUUCCCUUUGAAAAGAGUUAGAAAUGAAAUUAUCAAACUAGAAGAGCAUAAAUCAAAUGAAUUUGUCGAGACAUUUACAGUAUUCAAGGAUAUUUGCAAAAAUAGAACAUUGUACAAAGGAAUUAUUAACCAAAUAGUCGUAUCUGCUCCACAGUAUGCAUUAGAAACGGUUAUUAUCUCCCAGCUUUACAAGGCUCAAGAAAAAAGAAGAAUUUCGUAUUCAAAACCUGCAUUUUUCACAAAACCUCCAACAAAGAAAUACGUUCCUGGAAAGAGGUGGUGGUAA